UGUCCCAGUGUUUUACUAUUCCUGGUUGCCACUGUACCAUCCCUCUGGCUACUUGAGAUGACCCUUCUCAAUGAUAGAUUGGAAUAUGCCGAGAUGCAUGGAGGAGAUUGCGUUUCAUUGGAGGAUGUUGAAACCAAUAAUACCCAGCUGGUAGCUAAAAUAUCCGGGGUGACCCUACCGCUUAUCCUGACCACACAGAGUUGGUCAAUCGCUCUUCAACAAGCUCUUCUCUUCGUUCUCAUCCUUGGACGAUGGUUACUACCAAAGGGUGAACUUACCAGGGACCAACUAUCACAACUUCUCCUGGUGUACAUCGGCAUUGCAGCAGAUAUUCUUGAAUUUGUGACGGAGAAUCUCAAACUUGAACAGGUCCGCUGUAACCCGAUAAUGGUGGUGUGUAUCCUGGGUUUGUGGACUUGGAGCCUUAUGCAAUUCACACUAGGUCUGACAGCUACCAAGGCCCGUAAACCACGUGUUGCUGGAACGAGCAUGCGUAAGAAGAAAGAGGAGAAACAACCUAAGGUAACGUUCUGCUGUGAAACCGAGGUCUGGGGUAUCAUGGCCACAGUGGUUAUGCAAGACGGUCCCUUCCUCACCAUGCGUCUUUACCUAUUGACGGUAGAGGAAGCAGUCAAUCACAUGAUGAUAUUUUUUACGUGUAAGAACAUGCUCAUCAUGCUGCUUCAGAUGUAUCGCCUUCUUGUUAUCUGUAUCGAGCGUCCAGGAACGCAGGAAUCUGCCAUCGUUAAGACUGUAGUGAGAUACCGUGACGCAAGCAGACGAUACGUCAACGAGCACGCAGCUGAACGGAGGCGUCAGAAGCAGCUGCAUCAUGAUCUCAGACUUCGUCAUGGAGAUCAUAAGUCUAGUCCCAAGCACAGUAUGUCGCAGCACCGUCUCAUACCUGAUGUAACGGACGUACUGACACCAGGACAAGCCAUGCCUCUCCUACCGUCUUUCCCUCUCACACUUAUUACUGGCCAAGAACGGGGCGUUGGAGACGGGUUCGACGACAACUCAAACAAGAACUGCGACGUCGAGAAGCAAUCACCAAAACCUGUCGUCGACAAGCGGGAAGAACUGUCCGAUUACGAUAACACGACGAGCGAUUUCGACAUCCAUCCUGUCCCGUCGCCGACCAGAGUGUCAUCGACCAAUGCAACGGUACAUAACGCUCCACAGUUAGCGUCGUUUUGACGUUACGUAAAUACUGUUUGAUAUCGUUUGUUUUAUACUAGGAGGGAGUUAUCCUGACAAUCAAAACAUUUUCAGAAUAUCAUAUUUUGUAAUUUGUUAUCAGAGAACAGAUGCUUACGAUAUUCCAUAUAGUAUAGGCCCUAAUAGUCAUAAUCAUGAGAAAUUUAUUAUAAAAAAAUGAAAAGGAUUUUGUAUGACCCAUAUGAAUUUGUUUGCAAUGUACAUACAUAUACUUUGUGUGAAUCGCUAAAAGUCGUACAAAAAGUAAGAACGUAGAUACAUGUGGAUCUCUAAUAGAUUGAACCAAACUCUGCUGAUAAACAAUGAGGUUUAUCUUCAAAUGUAGGCAGGAUUCGAUCAUUAUGUUUAUGUUCCAAUUUUAUUAGUUUCUGUUCAAGUCUAAAUCAGCAUUUAUACUGAUGAAUAUUUGUUGAUAAACUUGAUAUGAACCAAAAAUAAAAUUACAUAAAGGCACCUUUUUUAAUGCAAUGAAAUUCACUACACACAUUUCGAAAGAGAGAUGGCGCUAACUUCGAAAUAUUUACGACAGUCAUUUUCACGGAGUUUGUCCGACACAGGAGGUGAAACUGUGGGUAAAAUUAUGUAUAGAUGACUUAUGACGAGCCAAAUGGGUUUCUCAGUAGUUUAAAAAAAUCUUAUCUGCUAAGCAUAAUGGACAGAUAUAUAGCACAAUUACUUAUAGCAGUUUUAAGUGCAAUAUUUGCUAUAAUUAAAAUGAGAUCAUAAAUAUAUUCUGUGCUCCUAAACUUAGUAAACAUUCGUAAAAUCUUUCAGCUAAAACUGAGUUCUUCGUAUUUCUUUCGUUAUAAAUUCAACCUUAAUAAAUUAGCCUCGAUAUGAGUGGCGAUUAAAAUAUUUUGCCCGUCAAAGACAAAACGAAACAACACACGCAAUAGUGGAAUUAAUGAUGUAAUAGAAUAAGCCACUCUGCAUUGUUAAUAUUUACAAUAUUAAGGUAGGAACUUCAAUUCUUUAUAUUUUUUUGCUCCCCCUUCUCUCCUCUUCUUCUUCUUCUACUUUUCCUCCUCCGUCUUCUUUCUCUUCUUCUUCUCCUUCUUCUUCUCCUUCUUCUUCUUCUCCUUCUUCUUCUUCUUCUUCUUCUUCUUCUUCUCCUUUGUUUAUUCACCGCGAGCCGUAAAUGAAAAGGUAACUAUUGAGAAAUUAUCUAAAUGGUCUAAAUAUUAUUUCAUAUACAAUUGUUUUUAUGUGAUUAUAAUCUUAAGAGUCCUUUUUUUCCUAUAACAGAUGCUGGAAUCAUUUUGAUCUAUUCAUUAGCUUCUGAUCAUUUUUAUUGAUGACAAUUGUUACAAAAUGUUGGUUUGAUUAUAUAUAUUGACUAUACUCCCAACAAAUUUAAUCUGCGGAUAUUCCAUAUUAGUAAAUUAUGUAUGAUUUUGUCGUCAUUUUUUUCUUGAAUUGAUUGAAUACAAUGAUGAGAUAAUAAAGAUUUGGUGCCAAUCAAAUGAUUUUAUAAGGAUGUAUUUCAAACUUGGUUGCUUAUGUAUUGUGGAAGAUAUUAUUAGGUUUCAAGGUGUUUCUAGGAAGUAUUUAGUAAGGAUGUGUUUUAUGUUUAAUGAUUUGAAUUGUUUCUGUAAUUCAGAAUUUGAUGUUUGCAACUAUAUAUUGUGCAUUUUGUUGUUGAAUAUUCUAAUGUAAAACACAGGUCUUUCGAUAUGAAAAUAUUCGUAAUUAACCUUAUUGUGCUUUGAUUAGGUUUACUCGAAUUGUUUCCGAAAGAAUAAUUUCAUCGUCAUCAAUGUCAAAUAAUAGAUGAAAGCAGAAAUGAAUAGCAAAUUGAAUAAAAUAUAAAGUGCAGAAUAAAUAUUAACUUACACAAGUGAAGUAGUUCUGCGCAUGGUGAAACUUUCUGCAGAUAGUAACUAUGUGGGACUACACAAAGUUUGGGUUUUUGGGUAUGUAUGUUGUUUUAUAUUUUUGUCAUAGGCGAACAUAUUUCGAUACGUAAUUUGAUAACUCAGUCGAAAAAGUAUUACCAAAUUAUAAUCAUGAUUAUAUAUCGUAUUAUAUCAUAUAAUUAAUUGCUUUAUAAGCUUAUAAUAUUUUCAAUUAUGACCUUAUGAGUGUAUUUUUCUUGUUAAACAGAGGUAACAAUUUAGUUUAUCCCUACAUGAAAUUUAUAUUGAAAAUUUGAGAUGUUACACUCCUUCUUUAUAUUUGUAUUUAAAAAUUCAGAUUGACUGUUGGCGACGCAUCUGGAUUUAAUUCAAAUCAUUAGGAAUUCAAAUUGCAGUUGAGGAUUUAAAUCAAAGCCUUUAAGGUUUAUAUGAAAUUCUUGUCUGGCGACUAAACACAGUCGAUAUGGAUUUAUUAAAGAUCCACGAAAGUUGUUUGAAUUAAUACCAAUACCAAAAAUGGUGAUUCUCCUCUCUAAAUAGGUGAGUGUAAAAAAAAAGGUAAAGAUGAUGAGUGGUAUGAGUAAAAAUUAUAUAUGAUAAUAAAAUUGUCUUGAACCACGAAUGAUAA